CGCUCUCGUCGAGGACCCAAAAUGACGGCGCAGAAUGCCCAGCGCCAAUUCCGCGGUGUCAAGAGUAUGAGGGAGCUUGCCGAGGCUCCCGCGGUGACUGCUUUCCGUGCUCGAUUCGAGGCUGGACGCUCUUUCGACCUGGACGAUGACCUGGAAUUUUGCCCCGGGCUCCUGACAGAAGAUGAUCUGCACUCGAUCCACUCCGCAUCUUCGGAUCGCUCGUCACUUUCGAGUGGCUCUCCUGAUUCGUCUCCUCUUCAGCAUCAGAUUCAGCCCGUGCAGCAGGUUACGCCUUCCAUCUCGUUGUCUCCUGCGUCUACGAAUGCCUAUGUCCACUCAGGGGUUACCGGUAACCUCAAUCACGUGAACUACCAACAGCCAUCUGCCGUUCGCACCCGCAAGGUCAUUCCUAUUGUCAACCCCAACACCGGCAUGACCUUGACGAGCCCGCCUACGUCAAUUUCGCCUGCCUCGAUGCAGAAUGCUCAACGUCGGUGGUAAGAACCGUGUGUUGACAUGUCGCCAGUCCACUGGCAAUCGGGCCUACUUUCGCCCAUGGCACGUUCUUCUUCCUUCGUCCGGCUUCUGCAUUGUCGGGCUCCCUAACCGCGGGUCAUAAUUCUUUCUUUGCUUGUUUCUGUUCGACACGGCCAUCGCAUUCACGAUCAAACUCAAAUUCCCCCUUCUUCGCUUGACGAUUGCAAAAACGCCAACGGCUAAACCAGUUAUUCUCUGUAUAUACACCUUUCACCGAUGACGACUUCGAACACACUUAUACCUAGACU